UUAAAAACAAUAUUUGUUAAAAAAAAUCAUGUUAAUUUUUUUUAACAAUAAUUUUUAAUGUAAGUGCAAUCAGUUUGAGAUUUUUGUUUUUCUGAUUAAGUUUGGGAAAGUAAAUAUCAAGGAACAAAGGAAUUUAACACAACAGCAAAUUCUAUAAAAAAGACUUGGCUAUAUGAAUGCAAGACUGGAAGUUUGGCACAAAAAGGAAAGUCAGUUUGAGCAAAACACUAGACAUAAAAACAAAAGUUCAUUAAACUACCAAAUUAUUGUGAAAAAUUUAAAAUCACAGAGGUAAUGGAAGCGCUGAAAAUUGGUAGGAAGGUUUCAAAAUCAACCACAAAAAGAGGUCAAGAUCAUGAUCAUUCCAAUAUUAAAUCCAAGAAAACCAGGAAAACACAAACUGGAAAACCAAAAAAGUGUGCUCUUGAUCAAGAGGUUAAGAAACCCUCUGCAAAUCCUAAGAUGGAACAAGACAAUAGCAAGUUUGUUGUUAAAAAUGUUAUGAAUCAGGUUUGUCCCAUCUGUUCUAAAGUCAUUAAGCAUGCCAAAAACUUCGCAGCACAUGUUGAGAUGCACGAUGCCACAAGGGUCAGAAAAUUACCCGCAGUGAACCAGCAUUUGUGUCACCUGUGUGGCAGGACGCUUCUUAAUUCCUCCGAGCUUACCAUACAUAUUCGAUCUCACACCUGCACUCGGUUGAACUCCUGUGAAGUCUGUGGCAAGUCUUUUCUAAGAGGGUCCACGUUAAAUAGGCAUAUACGCACCGUUCACAGCACUGAGCGGAGCUUCAAAUGCCAACUCUGCAGUAAGUCUUACACCGGAAAGUGUGCUUUGAAGAGACACGAAAGGUCCCAUAGCGAUCCCUCUACACACUUUCAAUGUGUUCACUGCAAUAAAAAGUUUGCCCUCAGGGAUGUCCUGAUAGAACACGAAAAUACUCAUUUACCAUUUCAAAGAAAAAAUUUCAGAUGUGACAGAUGUGAUGCCAAGUUUUUUAAGUCAUAUCUUUUGAAGCAACAUAUGAGAACCCACACCAAUGACAGACCAUAUGUCUGCAAAUGUGGUAAGCGCUUCAGUCAAAAAGGCAAUCUCAAUAUCCACCAAAAAACUCAUGACGGCUUCAAGAAGUUUCCUUGUACGAAGUGCGACAAAGGGUUCACCAGAGCGGAAUACCUUCAGCGACACGAACAAGAGAAGCACUCUCAGACAACUGGUCUCGUUAAGAAGAAAAACAAACACAGUUCUAAAACAAAGAGGAAGUCAUCAGCUCUUGAUCUGAAAAAUAAGCUGUCAGAUUCAGGAAAAGGCAAAUCCCCUUCCAAACGAGCAAAGAACAAGUCUCACAAAAAUGUUGACGUAAAUACAAUCAGUGUAAUCCUAGCUGACGAGGAAGCGGUCAAAGAUGAAAUGUAUGUUGAGGUACAAAACUUUGGGGAGGAGCCAGUCAGCCAAGACAUUUGUGUUGUGAUAGAAAAUCUUGACGAGGAGCCAUUCAAAGAGGAAGAGUUGGAUGAGGUGGAUGAAGCCACCAUAGCGGAUACUCAGACUAGCAGAGAAAAGGAAACAACAAUUGAUCAGUGGAUAACAAACUUGAGUUAAUCUUUCAGAAAAAUGACUCUUUGGACAGUUUUUGAAAUAGAGAGACUAUUCUUAUGAAAUCAAAAGAAAAGAUAAUUUGAAAUUUUCAAUUUAUAUUAAUUUUCUUCAGGUUUCCUGAUUGGAGUGAAGUCACAAUUGUUAAAAAAAAUUACAGGGGGAGGGGGGGGUAGUUUUUUCCUGUUAGUUUGAGAAUGAUAGUAGAUAAAAUAAUGUACCAACUGUAUUCAUUUAGAAAAUACCCAAAUGAUGCCUAUAUUAUUGAUGAAAUGUAAUGGUAUAGUUCCUGUAAGACUUAGAAUAUAAUUAUAAGUGUUAGAAUAUAUAGUGUUAAUAAUUGUAUAUACAUGU